AUGACUGAGAACUCUACAUCUACUCCUGCGGCCAAGCCUAAGCUGUCCAAGGCCUCUAAGAAGUCCACAGAUUACCCCACGUAUUCAGACAUGACCAUGGCUGCCAUCCAGGUGGAGAAGAACCAUGCUGGUUCCUCGCGCCAGUCUAUCCAGAAGUAUAUCAAGAGUCACUACAAGGUGGGUGAGAACACCGACUUGCAGAUCAAGUUGUCCAUCAAGCAGACCAAAGGGGUGGGUGGAUCAGGGUUGUUUUGGCUGGCCAAGAGUGAUGAGCCCAAGAAGUCUGUGGUCUUCAAGAAGACCAAGAAGGAAGUGAAGAAAGUGGCCAUGCCAAAGAAGGCAGCCAAGCCCAAGAAGGCUGCAGCCUCCAAGGCCCCAAGCAAGAAACCCAAAGCCACCUCAGUCAAGAAGGCCAAGAAGAAGCUGGCUGCCAUGCCCAAGAAAACCAAAAAACCCAAGACUGUCAAAGCCAAGCCAGUCAAAGUAUCCAAGCCCAGGAAGGCCAAAUCAGGGAAGCCCAAAGCAAAGUCCAGUGCCAAGAGGUUCGGUAAGAAGAAGUGA